GUGUUUUGGGGUGAGCUGCUCGUUGCCCUUCUGUAAUUUGGAGCCUGUGUUCCUAGGAUGUUCUUAUCGACUUGCUCUGUAUAGCAAUUGACUACAAUUCCGAGUCUAUCUAUCUUAAUUUGUGCUAUGACAGUAAAGACAACUUUUGGGAAAAAUUUGACAUAAAUACCAAAAGUUUAAGCCUAAUUACAUCGACAUGUGCAGGAUUUUUCCAAAUGUGAACCUUAAUGUCGCAAGGAGUAUAGCAUUUGCAAAAAAACAGGGUCGUUACUCAAAACUGAGUGAUAUUUUAAAAAAAAAAGGGGAAAUUCUGAUAAACACAAUUUCACGUUCCAUGCUCCGAGGACGAGGGGGUUCUGGAUUUUAUACCGGCAGAAAGUGGGAAUCAGUUGUCGCAACUGCAGAACUUUUGAAGCACCCGAUGCGAUAUUUAGUUGUUAACGCAUCAGAAGGUGAGCCGGGCUCAUUCAAGGAUCGGUAUCUACUAGCAAGUGUACCGCAUACAGUUAUUGAGGGCAGUAUUAUGUCGGCAAAAGCAAUUGGAGCAAGUGCGUGCUACAUAUCUGUUCGUGCAGAAUACUACAAAGAAGCAUUACACCUGCAAGAAGCGAUAAACGAAGCUUAUGAAGAAGGCUACCUAGGAAAAAACAUACUUGGUACAGACUUUAGUCUCGAUAUUUUUAUUCAUCGAGGAGAAGGCAAUUAUAUCAGCGGAGAAGAAACAGCACUGCUUGAAUCACUUGAAGGAAAAGCAGCAAAACCUAGAGUGCGUCCUCCCUUUCCCACAGAACACGGUGUCUUUGGUUGUGCAACAGCGGUGAACAAUGUGGAAACAAUUGCCAAUAUCCCUUGCAUCCUAGAAAACGGCGACGAAUGGUUCCGUUCUCUUGGUUCACCAAACAACUACGGAACAAAACUAUUCUGCAUAAGCGGUGAUGUGAGACAACCAAAUGUUUACGAGGAACGUUUGUCAAUACCGCUAAAAGAACUGAUAGAAACUCAUGGAGGUGUUAUAGGUGGGUGGGACUCAUUGGUAGCUGUUUUUCCAGGGGGUCCCUCUAUGGGAAUAUGUAAUAAAGAGCAAUGCGAACACAUGCUCAUGGAUUAUGAUUACCUUCGACAAAUAGGGACUGGACUGGGAACAGCAUCAGUAAUCGUUCUCAACGAUAUUGACAAAGUCUUUGAAGCCAUACUAAAUUUUUCAAAGUUCUACAAGAAGGAAACUUGCAGAAAAUGCCUUGCUUGUCGUAAUGGCACAAAGAUUAUCAAUGAAUUGCUCGAACUGGUUCGGGAAGGAAAAGCAACACCGAGUGUGAUUACUGACUUAAGACAAGUCAGUAACUAUGUAACAAAAGACACAAUCUGCAACUUUAGCGCAGCGCCUAGUUUACUGUUAAACAGUUAUUUUAAAAACUUUCCGGCUGAUAUUCAAAGAAGAACUCGCGCGAAAUAAAAAAGAACUUGUAAUUGAUAGUACAACUCAACUAUUUGUCACUUAUUGACAAUUGAGUUAGCCAUUCACCAUCAGCUUGAGACUGGCCAGCACCCAGUUGUUCCCACACAUGAAAUCCUGUUCCAAGGUUCCCAAGAAAAAUAGUAUCGUUAGCCGUCUUAUUAAGAGCAGCAUUAGCCAAGUCGUUGCUUACAGCGCCAAAAGCCAACGUCCACUUCGCAUUCAUAGAUAGUGUUUUACUUUCAUCCAAGCCAGAGGGAUAAUCGAGGGAAAGAAUGGGAGCACGAUUUUGGUUUGCCCAUUUCACCAAAGGGUUGUAUCGAGAAUCAUAAGGUCUUAAGCCACUCAAAGAAUCCACAAUCAGCUCCACUGGUGUGGACAAUGAUUCAAGGCAUUUGCCAAAUUCGUCAUCACUAGGUACAAGGCCACCGGCGGACUCAAACAUCAGUAGUUGCUUGCCGUCGAUAUUAUUCAACUGCGUGCAACGCAAGACAACCGUUAUUCCAACUGAAGCGAGUCUACGACCUGCGGCAACUGCUGCCGAGGCAUGAUCGUGUUUACCAACUAACAGGCAAACGACGGGUGACGGGUUGUGAUUCAAUUUUCCUAGACGGCGAGAACCUCCAAGGAAGGAAUGUACUAACUGGCUUAUUAGUUGAGCAGCGCCUUCAACGACAAUUUCAGAAUUUGUGUUCAAAAUAGAUUCGGAUACACCUCUAAUAAUGAUAUCCUUAUCCACAGAGACAACUGUUUCUCCUGUGCUAGUUUUAAGCUCAACGGAAGCAUUACGAGAAGAAUCCGAUGUUUUGCUUUUGGUAAUAGUUUCGCUGUUGCUGGACUUGGGAGAUUUUUUUGUCUUUUGCUGAUUUGCAGCUAAAGGAUUUUUAGGACCGGGUUUCUUGGGUGAUUCUUCUUUCGAAGAACUUACUGAAUCAAGAACAUUUUGGGUUGCUAAACAAUACUUCAAAUUAGACAUACACGAAAUUCGGCAAACAGCUUUUGUUUGUUGAAUUUUUCCAAAUUUGCUGCAAAGUCAAAAUCAUCAUUACAGUCAGCAGUAUUCCAAGCUUUGUCCGCUUCUCUAAGGCGGGCUUUUGAAGAACGAGGUGUAGACGGUUUAGAUACAGGUUGUUCGUUAGGUAUAAUCCGUAAGUCUUUGAUUUGCGAUGUCAUAACAGGAAUUACAUUUUGUCUUGAUUUCAGUUGCAAAACAAGGCUUUGAGGGUCAAAAUUCGUUAUAAUUCCUUGUAUCUUAGACCCAUUAUUUAAAAAUAUCUCAACAUUUGAUCCAUAGAAGUCUGCUACAGACAUUGUGGAAAUUAUUUUCCCAAUUGGCGUAAGAAGGAGUUGAAUGGUUCUUCAGACUUUGCUGAGUAAUAUUAUGUGUCACUUAAAAGAAAGUAGACUCGUUGAAAAGCAGGAUUAAUGGGAAACU